CAAACAUUAGUAAACACAUUCCAGUCCGGGCAUUGUCUGAAACACGGUCGCUUUUUUUUUGAGAAGGAUCGCUAUAUUAACAACGAAAGUGAGCGCUUUGUUUGUGCGGUUAGUUUGGCGAUUACUUGCUAAUUUUUGUCCAAUCAAAUGGAGCAAAUUUACAAAUUGAACAUUGAUGAUCUGCCAGAUGAAGUGUUAGAGUUAAUAAUAAGUUUUUUGCCACCCUACAAAGAUCUGCAUGAAUGCAUGUUGGUAUGCAAAAGAUGGAGGGAUUGUGUCUUGAAUGUUACAAGAACGAAAGGUAGAAAUUUCAACAGAGCAAUUGCCGAAUUUAAUAUAUUAUGGAAAACUAUAACCCCAGAAGCGAUGGCACCGACAAUAACAAAAAGGUAUUCACAUGCUGCUGCAAUUCACAACAAUUCCAUGUACGUGUUUGGAGGCUGUGCUUGUUCAAUGACUACUUUCAAUGAUCUUUGGAGAUUGGAUCUAUCAAAAAGACAAUGGGUGAGGCCUUUAACAAUGGGGACAUAUCCAUCUCCAAAAGCUUGCAGCACCAUGGUUUGUUAUAAAGAUACUUUAGUCUUAUUUGGUGGUUGGACAUAUCCAUCUGCCUUUCCAUUACAUCAAACCUGGUAUUUGUUCAAUGAACUGCACACUUAUGAUAUUAUUGAAAAUCAAUGGUCCUCGAUAAGUAAUGAAGUGACGCCACCUCCUACAGCAGGUCAUUCGGUUACCAUUCAAAAAGAAUGGAUGGUAAUGUAUGGAGGUUUGCAGAGAGCUUCGAACGCUGUCCAUUCCAUUAAAACUAGUGACAUAUGGAAACUCAAUUUAGAAACUUUGACUUGGCACAAACAGGAAACGGGGAUUAUAAAACCUCCUGGUAGAUAUGGACAUUCUCAAACUUGGCUCGAUGAUAACAAUCUUUUAAUCAUGGGCGGUUCUGGAGGUCCAUCAGUGAAUUAUUCAGAUGCUUGGAGAUUAACUUUGACUGAUAAUCUUUGGACGUGGGUUCAAGUUGAAAUGAGAAGCAUUACAGAAGCGCCAGAUAACUUAUGGUGCAACCCAGCUUGCAGAGUUGAUAAUAAAAUAAUAGUAUUAAGUAGAAGUAAGGAAAGUACGGAAAUACCACCAUUCAUGUAUAUUUCAAAAGGAGUGUGGGUAUCCAGAGAAGAAGCUGAGAGAAGUCAAAGGGGUCAACAGCAUAGGAUAGAUUUGGCACAUAGACAAGUGGAUAGAGAUGAGAAUGUUAAUGGAAGGAGAGGCGUCUUAAAGGGUACGAAAAAAAGUAAUCCCGUUGAAGUGGUGGUAGCUGGUUCAAGUGGUGUUCAAAAUAAUAGACCUGAGGAUCGUUCAAUACGAAUGGCGGCCUUUGCAACAGAGAAGAAACCAGAAGAGGAUGUGGAUAAACAAGUUAGGCAAGAAAAAAUUAAAAAAGCUGAAGAAGCCUGGAAGAAGGCGUUGAAAGCUAAAGAGAAUGCCCAGCGUGUGCGUCCGAGGAAAAUACUGGGACUAUACGUUCUUGACAUCACGCAUGCAUUAGAUGAGAAACCGUAUGUUACAUGGCUUCCUCCUACGGACGGUGGCUUGAACUGCGAAGGCCCUGAGGAGACAGUACUAUAUACUUUACUUCAAGGCAAUUCUGAACUUAUUAUGUUUGGAGGAAUCCAAAAGGAUGCAAGUUCUGUGGCGUGCACUACGAAUCUCAGCAAUCAAGUAUCCAACUCGUUGCAUUUUUUAACGGCUCCAAGUUACCAAUUUUAAAAUGUUAUUUUAUCUUUCAUUUAACAACUAACUACUGUGUUUAGUUAAGCAAAUACAUUUUAACUAAAUAUUUUUUUUUUAUUAAUUAAUGAAAACACUGCAACUCCAUUGCUUUUGACCGAUAUUUGCGAUUACAUUAACAAGUUUUUGUGCGAAUCGAAGAAUAUAACAAAUAUAAAUUAUUUAAACAAACAAAAAAAUGCUUAGUGUUGCAUCAUUGCGUAACUAAAAGAUGGAUUAUAUAAUCAACGGCUAAAAGUAUGUCACCAAUUGGGUUUUCACAGUCCUUUAUAUUAAUUUAUUUCCUAUUUAUAUUUAAGAAAAUUGUAUGAUAUUAAAA